GCCAAGGGACCAAUUUGCCCUUUUCUCUGUCCACAUGGAUCUGCCCUUUUCUUUGUCCGCAUGGCAAUGAACGUAUACAAACUUGCAGCACGGAUAGCAGUCUCAAAUCUGCACAAGAACACCAAGAAAUCUUUCUCAGAGACGAUCAAAGAUAUGUACAAUCACAUCAAUCCGCGCUCGGACCAGAAGGCUCCUCUUAUUGCUGAUGAUGUCUACGAAAUUGUCAUGAAGAAUGCGUCACGGCUUGACAGCGAAAUCAUAUAUGAUCGGGACUUCGAUUAUGAUUACUUUGGGUUCAAGACUCUGGAGCGGUCAUAUCUCUUGAGGAUUGAGGGCAAAGUAGUGGAGAGGCCUCAGCAUAUGCUCAUGAGAGUUGCUGUUGGUGUUCACAAGGAGAACGUUGACAUGGCUAUUAAGGCCUAUCACCUGCUGUCUGAGAGAUGGUUCACUCAUGCUUCUCCGACACUUUUCAAUGCAGGCACACCACGCCCACAGCUAAGCAGCUGCUUCCUUGUGUGCAUGAAGGACGAUAGCAUUGAGGGGAUCUAUGAUACCCUCAAAGAAUGUGCUGUGAUUAGCAAGAGCGCAGGGGGAAUAGGCCUGUCUGUUCACAAUAUCAGGGCCAGGUCCAGUUAUAUUCGUGGCACGAAUGGUACCUCUAACGGCAUAGUUCCAAUGCUUCGAGUGUUCAAUGACACUGCACGCUAUGUUGAUCAGGGGGGUGGAAAGAGAAAGGGAGCAUUUGCCGUUUACCUGGAGGCAUGGCAUGCAGAUAUAUUCGAUUGGCUUGAUCUGAGGAAGAACCACGGAAAGGAAGAGGUCCGGGCUCGAGACCUGUUCUAUGGCCUGUGGGUGAAUGAUCUGUUUAUGAAGAGAGUCGAGGAGAACCAGAAGUGGUCCCUCUUCUGCCCAAAUGAGGCACCAGGUCUCCAGGAUGUGUGGGGAGAAGAGUUUGAAAGGCUUUACGAGAAAUACGAGUCGCAGGGUAAAGCAAAGAAAGUCGUUAAUGCACAGAAGUUAUGGUUUGCCAUCUUGGGUGCUCAAAUUGAGACAGGAAACCCUUAUAUGCUCUACAAGGAUAGUUGCAACAGGAAAAGCAAUCAGCAGAAUCUGGGAACGAUCAAGUCAUCCAACCUCUGCACGGAGAUCAUUGAGUAUACCAGUCCAGAUGAAACUGCGGUAUGCAAUCUUGCGUCAAUUGCACUGCCGCGUUUUGUCCGCGAAAAGGGUGUUGACGAUUGUCAUUCCCGGAGAAUGGUGGGGAGCCAUGGUCAUAAGAAUCGUUUCUUUGACUUUGAACGCCUUCUGGAGAUCACAAGGUUUGUGGCGCGAAGCCUGAAUCGCAUCAUUGACAACAACUUCUACCCGGUUGAGAGCGCUCGCAAGUCAAAUAUGCGGCACCGACCGAUUGGUAUUGGUGUGCAGGGCCUCGCUGAUGUGUUCAUUCUGCUGGGGAUGCCCUUUGAGUCAGAAGAGGCUCAACAGUUGAACAGGGAAAUCUUCGAGUGUAUAUACUUCGCAGCGCUUUCGGAGUCCUGUGUGCUUGCACAGGAGGAAGGUCCUUAUCCUACUUAUGAGGGGUGCCCUGUCAGCAAGGGCGUGCUCCAGUUUGAUAUGUGGGAUGUAAUGCCAUCAGAUAGAUGGGACUGGGCGACGCUGAGGGAAAAUAUAGCGAAGCAUGGUGUGCGGAACUCCCUUCUAGUGGCUCCAAUGCCCACUGCCUCCACCUCGCAGAUCCUUGGCAACAAUGAGUGCUUUGAGCCUUACACAUCCAAUAUUUAUGUCCGGAGAGUCCUCAGUGGUGAGUUUAUUGUCGUCAACAAGCAUCUUCUACAUGAUUUGGUCGACAGAGGCCUAUGGACGUCUGACGUCAAGAAUCAGCUGAUCAAGGCUGUGGGUUCUGUUCAGAGUCUAUCGGGUGUCCCCGACGAUAUCAAACAGAUUUACAAAACUGUGUGGGAAAUCAAGCAGAAGAAUCUUGUAAAUAUGGCAGCUGACAGGGGUGCCUUCAUUGACCAAAGUCAGAGUCUGAACAUUCACAUGGAUACGCCAAACUUCGGCAAGCUUACGUCCCUCCAUUUCUACACAUGGAAGAAGGGGAUGAAGACAGGAAUGUAUUAUCUCCGAUCGAAGGCUGCGGCAGAUGCUAUCCAGUUCACGGUUGACAAUAGCACCCCAUCACUGAAGGCCUCCCGGGGCGAGCAGUUGCUUUCAUCAGGCGGUCAGCCUGCAAAGUCACGUUCAAAGUCCUCCAUGCUGCUUAGGGAAGGGGCUUUUGCUGCUGCUCCUGCAAUCAUGCCUAUGACAUUGCCGCAAGAAACACAAUACAACCACUCUUCUGCCGGCUCGUCAAUCUCCACGCCAUCGUCUUCUCCUCCAGGUUCACCGGUUCUGAUGGCGGAGAAGGGCAUGGAGCAGAUCAUCUGUUCCCUUGAGAACAGAGACGAGUGCAUGUCGUGUGGUAGCUGAAGGACAGGAGUUCCUUUGAUGACUGUGACCAAGUACUUGCAACGCCAACUCUAGGACCAGCUCAGCUCGUCAAUGGCAAAAAAAAAUGGCAGGGAGUUGAGAUGAUUGUAGAGGUUACAGAAAAAGACACAGGGCAACAGAUCUACCAGCCUUCACGUGCUGCUGGUUGGUGACAUCUGCGUGCACGCACGAGAUCGCCAACUGUUAAAAUCAGGGUUCGAACUCUUGACCUGUGUGAUCAAGAGGGACUCAAGGAUACCAAAUGGUGCCUUCUUUCAGUAAGGCCAUCUUUUGACUUGUUGCGUGCACGAGGGCGGCAAGCGUUAAAAUCAGGGUUCGAACUCUUGCCCUGUGUGAUCAAGAGGGACGCAAGGGUAACAAAUUGUGCCUUUUUUC